AUGGCGCUGCUGCCACGCUUGCGGUUCGGCUCGUCUGCCGCUUCGCUUUUGCGUGGCGAUGCGGGCGUUGCUCCGGUGCAGCGGAGAUGCUUCGGCAGUGGCGAUAUGCAGGCAGUAGCCAUCCGCAUCAAGUCUGUCAAGUCCAUCCAGAAGAUUACCAAGGCCAUGAAGAUGGUUGCAGCUUCGAAACUCAAGGCUGACCAGCGCCGAUUAGAGGCUGGUCUUCCAUUCAGCACACCUACACAGAACGUGAUGAACCUGCUUCCCAUAUCUACCACCGAGCCGGCCGGAAAGAACACCGCACUCGUCGUGCUCGCAUCGGACAAGGGUCUUUGUGGCGGUAUCAACUCUGCCGUGGCCAAGAUGACCAAGGGUUUGGUUGCCAGUGGCGAGACUGGCGGCGCGGCCUUCUCCUUGUAUUGCGUUGGCGAGAAGGUGCGCAGCGCCCUCGAGAGCACGUACGGAAAGUACUUCAAGAGCGUUUUCACGGAAGUAUCGAGGACACCCUUCAACUACGCGAAGGCCGCCAUGAUCAGCGAGGCACUACGCCAGGGAAACCAUGACCGCAUUCGUAUCGUGUACAACCACUUUAAGAGCGCUAUCAGCUACGAGACCAGGACGCUCGACGUGCUCUCCCUGCCGCAGUUCAAGGCGAUGCACAAGAGGGAGCUCAACGUGUACGAGAGCGAGCCCGAGAUGGCGGAGUUCUUCCCCGAUUUCUACGAGUUCUACCUGACCUGCUGUGUCUACGGCUGCAUGCUGGAUUCGCUGGCAGCUGAACAGUCGGCGCUUUGGCGCCUGCCAACCUCUAUCACGCCAACACAGUGUAAAUAUUGCUAUUCCACCACUUCACCUAAUGGCGUCCGAGCUGUCAUUUCGCCACCUAUUUACAGAUUACUACACCUUGCCGCUGAUUCGUCAUUUACAAGGCGUGUUAAGCAAACUUUGGUAUCGCACGGUGGAGCUAAACAGUUCACAACACGACAGCACCGCACGUACAGCUAUAGUUCCAACAAGAUUAGAAGCGCAAGUUGCAUAGCGCCAUGCACGCUGGCAGAGCGAUCAACGGUACGACUUCUGGUAGCGCGCACGGGCACCUGGACCACCGAACUUCUUGGGCUCGCAGCGGCGGGGGUCGGCGAUAAGAAGGGACCUGUCGUAGCCGACAAGCUCGUCCACAAUCUUCUUCUUGGAGGCCUCGUCCACGUACUUCUGGUAGUAGGCUACAACGCCCUUGGAGAUGGCCUGCCUGAUGGCGUAGACCUGGGCGGUGAAACCACCACCGCGGACGCGGAUCCUGAUGUCGACGCCAGAGAUGCGCUUGGCGCCCAUGACGUACAGGGGCUCAAGCACCUUGGUCCUGAGGGCCUCAGGGCGGAUGUGGUCGAGGGGGCGGCCGUUGACGCGGAUCAUGCCGGAGCCCCUGGUGCAGAGGGCGACGGCAACGGCGCGCUUCUUCCUGCCGAAGGUCUGGACACGCUGUCCCUUGCCCUUUGUAAUCUCGUCUGCCAUCUGGAACUUAAUGAGCAAAAUCAUCAAAAAUACACCGUGUAA